AUGGAUCCCUUUGCAAAAUUCCCUCCGGAGGUGAUUGCAUUGAUCCUCGAAUGUUGCUCCGACUUCGCUUCCUUGGAUGGAUUACUGAGAACAUCUGCGCGGGCGGACGAGGUGUUCCGCCAUUACUACAAGACGAUUACCGAACAGAUCAUGAAAAAUUGUCCUAUUAUCUCCCAGGGACUACAGUAUGAAUUCCGCAAUUUCAUAUUCCUUGAAUCAGGAAAUUUCAAUUCCGCAAGCCUGCCGGAGCUUAUCGAUGGCGCUCGGAUGACAGCCGUUGUGCCACUUUCUCUACCCUCCAUCCACUCUUUUAAUGCUGUACGAGAAGCCGUGAGUACUGCGGCGAGCAUUUAUUUUGCUGCUUCUGCCUGCUUAAGCCUUCUUUUGGAUCGCCUAGCAGUAGCAGAGCCACGGCGCGUGGUCGGCCCUGUUAGCGCUGUUGUUGAAUGGGUUGUAGGAAGAUGGCCCGAGCCCCCGAACGAAAUAUUCCAUGUUAAGCCUCGUCCUCUGUCCUGGUGUGAAAUUUAUAGAAUGCAUCGCGUGCUAUGGACUCUUGCGACAUUCUACUGCGUUCACCGCGCGGCAAACACUCGGUGGUCUUGGUCCUUAGAAGAACUGAGUUCAUUCACGGAACAAUAUGUUGACAAGUGUUGGAAGACAUGGCAUCUCGAAGAAUUCCAAACCGCCUCGGAGUGCCUUGAAGCUGUUUAUCCCAAAGAAACAGCUAUCCUCGACCACAACUUCCCUUUCCUGGUGUCUAUUCCUUCCGCAAACAAAUCAAUUAGCCAGGCGCCUUUGGGGGUUGUCUGUAUGGCACGCGCGCAAGAGAAAUAG